AUGAAGAAAUGCAAAUCAUGUUGGGAUGUUCUUUAUACGUCAUGGACGAGGUUGGUUAACUCUGAAACAAAGGAAGCAUACAACAAGAAUUUGGCACAAGUUGAAAAAAUUACGAACAAUUAUCCAGAUGCAUUUUCUUAUCUAAACAAAACAUGGUUGACACCACACAAAGAAAAAGCUGAAAGUCAACAUGCCAAGUUAAAAAGAUAUGUCGAAACAUCACGAUCAGAUAUCGCUAAAUCAUUGAAGCGUAUUACUGAUGUUGUUGAGUCACAAUACACAGAAUAUGAGCGGUCCAAAGAAUUUGGAUUUGUUUAUGAAAAUUGUGGAUGUCAAGUACGUACAAGUUAUGGGCUGCCAUGUGCGCAUGAACAAGCUAUAUUUGUUAAAAAAGGUCAUUGUGUACCGCUUUAUUCGGUAGAUAAGUUUUGGAAGAAACUUGAUUUAUUAGAAUGCAAAUCGUUAGAAGAUGACAAUUUGGGUUGUGCAGUUGAGGUAAAUAUGUUUAAUGCUCAUUACGAAAAACAAUCAAGACCUGUUAAGUUAAGUUUAGCAAGGAAGUUACUAAACUUAAUCACGUCGUCAACAACUUCAGUUUCUGAACCUGCUACUCACAAAAAUACUCGUGGGCGCCCCUCCUUAAAGAAGAAACUUUUCAAGAAAACCCAUAUCGAUUUAAACAAGGACCCACCAACUCAAGAUCCACCACCUCAAGAUCAACCGACUCAAGCGCCACCAACUCAAUAUCCGUCUCGACGUAGCAUUUCUACUUAUACGCCUGAUUAUAUGCGGUCUAAUUUGUUUGAUCUAAACCAGGAACCGGAUAGGCACAGUACGUACUCGUUCCGAGAACCUCCAAUGUUCAACUCAACUUUUAAUCAGGAACAAUCGAUGCAUAGCUCGUACUUCAACCAAGAACACGUAAUGUAUAAUUCAGAUCCACUUAUGAAUGAAAUUCCGUAUGAAUUUCAUCCAUAUGUCACAAACAUACAAAACAUGAGGGGAGAUGGAAAUUAUGGAUUUCGUGCAAUAGUUGCGUGUCUCGGUUAUAGUGAAGAUAAUUGGCGUCAAAUCCGCUUAGAUUUACAGAAUGAGUUGUUAGCACACCCAGCUGAGUACGCACAAAUUUUUGAUUACGAUUUAAACACCAUACAUCACUCAUUGAAUUUCAAUGGAUCACAUUUCGCACCAAAAGAUCGUUGGUUGAUUAUGCCGGUCACUAGCUUUCUCAUUGCUAACAAGUAUAAUGUAAUAGUUAUUUUUCUAAGCAAAGAUAGUCCAUCAACGUGUUUUCCACUAUGGCUUGGUCCCCAAGACAUCUCAACUCAUAUAGUUGUUGUUAUUGCUCUUGUUAGAGGUGAUCAUUAUGUGAAUGUUGAUUUACAUGGAGCAUAUCCAAUGCCUACUAUUUUACCACUUUGGCGUCACAACAGAUCAUCACGGUCUACUGGAUGGGAAACUAUUUAUGCUGCUCGCCUGAAUUCCUACAUUUCUCCAUUUGCAACACAUAGUAAUUGUAACAAUUCUACAGUUAUAAUAUCUGAUAAUUAA